AUGGAACACAAAGGUUUUGUAUAUAAAAAUAAUGGAGGCAUCCAUAAAAAUAAGAGUGUUCGAUAUUUGAUCUGCAAAACUAAAUAUUGCAAAGGCUCUGCUAAAAUGUUUGCGAAUGGGACAAUUGUUGAGUUGGAGAAACAUACGCAUGACCCUGAUGAACAUGACCACAAUCACAUUUUAAAAAAAGCAUUUAGGCAAAUACUGAAAGACCGUUCUAAAAACGAGACAACAAGACUCCGGACAAUAUAUGAUGAAGAAAUGAUUAGAAAUGCAGCUGCUGCAACCAUAUACCCAUGGCCAGUGGCUGAAAUCUCGAUGAGAAAAGCUAGGAGAACAACUAUGCCAGUUUUACCAUCAUCAUUGAGCGAAUUAGCAAACUUCCUAGAUUUCAAUGUGCAACGUUAUACAUGUUGUCAACAGCCCUUCUUCCAAGAUAAGGUUACAGAUACACACGGGAAAUGUUCAAUAAUUUUUGCAUGCAGUGAACUUAUUAGGAAAAUUGUUAUGCUUGGGAGUGAUGAGUUGCAUGCUGACGCAACUUUUAAAGUUGUGCCUUCAACUCCACCAAGCCGUCAACUUUUUAUCAUGCAUUUAAUAUACCAAAACCACUCCAUACCAAUUGUUUAUGCACUGAUGGAAUCGAAGACUGAAGAGGCAUAUACUCUAUUAUUAAGCAAGUGCAAAGAAUUAUUUCCAUUUAUAAUUCCAGCGAAUAUAAUGACUGAUUUUGAAUCUGGGUUGCUGAAUGCUUUUAAAUCUGUUUAUCCAAAUGCAGAUCAGCAUUCUUGUUUUUUCCAUUAUAUACAGGCACUAGUAAAAAAUAUCAGAACAAGAGGAUUAACGCGGUUUGUUAAAUCCAAUUUAAAUGCGCAAUUAUGUGUGCAGAUGUUUUGUGCAUUGGCAUUAUUACCUAAUAAUAAAAUUGAUGAAGGGUAUACAGUAAUUCGCCAGUAUGCCAGGGAUAAGAACAUAUUCAUGGAUAUGGCACCAUUUUUUAGUUAUUUUUCAAGGUAUUGGUUAAAUAAUCAAAAUGGAGGUGAGUAUUUGUUUUCAGUACAUGGAAUAGCAAGGCGUACCAAUAAUAAUAUUGAAUCGUUUCAUGGACGACUAAAAGAAAAAUUUCAAGUGAUGCAUCCAAACCUUUGGACAUUUUUGACACAUUUAAAUGAAUUAAGUAAAAAAUCACACAUUAUAAUUGAUCAAUUGGAACAAGGGCAUUCAGUAACUCGGCCAAUAAAAGUUAAAUAUAUAGCAAAUUCACAACGUAUCAGUAUUGCUUCAUCUCAAUUAGACCUAGGUAUUUUAAGAGUGAAUGAGUUCCUUUUACAGUGCUGUCACACAACAGAAAGAUCCUUAAGGGAAGAGCUUAAUUGGCAGAUAAAUGUGUUAGGAGAAGUUACAUCGGAAAUUGACUACGAUGACCACGAUGCUACAGCCAUUCAUCAAUUGAAUAAUUCAACAACCACGGAUAAUAAUGUGAUAAACGAACAUAAUAUUAUCCCUAAUAACAUAGUGCACAAUGAUGCAACCGAAGAUGAGAUUUUUGUAGUUGAUUUUCAUAACAUUUCAAAUUAUAGCAAUGAUUCAGAUAGGUCGAGUCAUGUAUCAGGCCAGCAACAACAAGAACCACUUGUUUUGCAAGACAACGAAGAUGACUAUGUGAUUCCAGAAGAUAUGGACCCAGUUGAAAUAGAAAAUGGGGAAAUAAUAGCUGCAGAAAGGGAGGAAGAGAGACAGCAUUUGCCAUAUGCACCAUUGCAACCAUUGCAAUCACUUCAACCAAACCACCAAACUUGUAUAAUUUGUAACCAAGCAAGUACACAUGUUAUAGUGCCUUGCGGACAUAAAAUUCUAUGUGGAAGUGAAGAAUGUACGGCUGGGAUUCAAAAUAACUGUCCAAUUUGUGCAGUUCCUUUCAUUCUAAUUAUGAGAGUAUAUGAUUAA